AUGGCGCCACGCCAGCCCAACCAUUCAGGGCCCUAUGGGAAUAGUAUGGGAAUGGGUUCAACGCGGGCCUACGGCAGACCAGUGGGAGGCACUCGACAGGGCGGUAGCGGUAUUGGGCCACCCCCGGAAGAGGCUAAUCUGGUAUGCCUUGGGAACACAUCAGCAUACCUUGCUAUGGCUGUCUUUGUGGUCAUUGUUGUCGUCGCCAUCACUCUUGGUGUGUUGUUGGGAACUGGUAAAAUAAAAUCUGGCGGAAAGGAAUGGUGA